AUGUUAAGCCACAUUAUACUAUUAAAUAUUCUUAUUUCGAUUUUUGGUAAAACAGAAUCGACGUCUAAUUCGAGCCCAGAACAUAGGAUAAAGGCCAUUGAGGAAGAAAAUGCAUCUUUAAAACGUCGUCUCGAUUCUCUUGAACGAAUGCUUACAGUAAAACAUCGCCGCCAAGUUCCGGAGUCAGUUGCGUUUAGUGCAAAACUGAGUGGGCAACGGUGCCUGGGGUCCCACGAAACCAUUGUAUUUGACCAAGAGGUAACUGAUUUAGGCAACGGCUAUGAUGUCAGGACGGGAAUAUUUGAUGCCCCUGUCGCUGGCAUAUACGUUUUCACAUUCACCGUAGUCAACAACUACCAUGACUGGGUGAUAACCGAACUAAUCGUAGACGGAGCCUCUGUGAUCACGACCAGAAGCGAUUCGGAAGAGGUACAUGACAUCCACCCUGCUACGGCCACCAUUGUACUACAUGUUAAUUCGGGCGCUCACGUCUUUGUUCGACGAUACGCUGAUGGUACAUGCAAUGUCCUCAGCGACCCGGUGCAUGGAAUAACAACCUUUUCUGGCUGGUUGUUACAACUAGACUCAGAAUAG